AUGGACGGAGAUUGGGACGAGGUCGCCCGCAUCCCCUUUCCGCCUCCGGGCGUCCACGCCAUGGCCACGCCCGUAACGACAAUGGCAUUCGAUACGGCGCAAGAGCUGCUCUGGACGGGCAACGAAUAUGGAAGAGUCACGUCAUUCUACGGUAGCGAGCUCCAACGAUACACUUCUUUCAAAGCGCACACCACAACCGAUGGACCCGUCCGACAGAUCUUAGUGAACGACAAGGGCGUCGUGGUGUUGGGGUCGAGAGAUAUACACAUGGCCUCGCGCAAAGGCCCUCCCAUAUGGCACAUAAGACAUGAUGACAUGAAGGACUUACGAUGCAUGAGUUUUACGUCCAAGGGGACGUCAGAGAUCCUUGUUGCCGGUUUUCAGGACACCAUGUUUGUGAUUGAUCUCGCUAAGGGUGAGGUGGUCAAGCAGGUGCCGACGGCGCAUUCGUAUAAAGUUAUGAAGAAAAGCAGGUAUAUCUGCGCUGCUACUAAAGAGGGCACGGUCAACCUGAUCGAUGCGGCCAAUUUUACUGUCGUCAAAAGCUGGAACGCUCACUCGGCUCUCAUUAGCGACAUGGACGCCCAGCACGACUUCAUCGUCACUUGCGGCUAUUCACUGCGCCAAGGCCAGAACUACAUGUUAGAUCCCUUUCUGAAUGUCUUCGAUAUCAAGAAGAUGUCGUCGAUGUCGCCGAUUCCAUUCCCUGCUGGCGCCGCCUUUGUCAGGAUGCACCCGCGAAUGUCGACCACCAGCAUAGUCAUGUCUCAAAGCGGCCAGAUGCACGUCGUCGAUCUAAUGAAUCCGAACACUAGCAAUGUACGGCAGGCUAACACAAUGACGUAUUUGACUAUGUUCGAGAUCGCGCCAUCUGGUGAGGCCGUUGCUCUUGCGGAUGCCGAGUUCAACAUCCACAUCUGGGGCUCUCCAUCUAAGCUUCGAUUUGUUGACUUCGCAUCGCAAACUGAAUUUGCAACGCCCGAAGAACCCCUUCCAAGUAUCGAGUGGACUGCCGACACACCUCUGAACUCUAUCGGCACGCCCUACUACCGAGAUGUAUUGCUGUCGGCUUGGCCAGAUCUUGUGUCUGAUGUUGGAGCUCCUCCCACCAAGCUGGAUCCGCAGUUUCUGUCUGGCCUCAAGGCGACGGACUUUGGAAUGUAUGGACGUAAUACAAGAGGGUUCCGAAGAAACCAGGUGGAAGACACCCGCAAUCUGGACAAAGCCAACGCGUCAGGUAUUCUGGCGCCCAAGUUCCUCAGCGAAAAAGCCAGGGAGUUUGCCAAGACUCCCGAUAACGACGAUGAAAAGGUCGAUGAUGUUGCAAACGCGCUGAUGCGCAUGGACAUUGAUCCUCUAAAGGCAGAGUGUCCGCCAAUGUACCGGAAUGUGGAGAUCAAGUACAGCAAAUUUGGCGUUGAUGAUUUUGACUUUGGGUUCUACAAUAGGACGCAGUACUCCGGUCUUGAAAUCCACAUCGCCAACUCUUACGCCAACUCCCUGCUUCAGGUGUUGCAUUUCACGCCCCUUCUUCGGAACAUAGCGCUCCAACAUGCGGCGACCGCUUGCGUCGAAGACACAUGUCUUUUGUGCGAAAUGGGUUUCUUGUUUGACAUGCUGCAAAAGGCCGAGGGCUCAAUCUGUCAGGCAACCAACAUGCUGAAGACUCUCAGUCAUCAUCCUCAGGCCGGUCCUCUUGGGCUUCUUGAGGAAGACCCUAAUGGCUCCAGUCUGACCGUAAUGCUUCAAGGCUUGGUCAGAUUUCUCACUGAGAAAAUCGUGGUAGAUUUCAAGUCAAUCCAGCCGGGUUCAGGCUUGAUGGAUCAGAUGCUGUCGACCUCAGCGACAAGUUUCAUUAGGUGUAUGAACUGUAGGAGCGAGUAUACUCGACCGGGCUCUGGCUUCUUCCAAGAACUGAUGUAUCCGCAACAAAGUAAGAGCAUGGUGCGGAACCAGAAGGCUCCCAAGGUAACCUUCUCCCAAAUACUCAAGUCGAGCGUCGAGAGAGAGACCACUUCCAAAGGCUGGUGUAGCAGAUGCCAGCGGUACCAGAACAUUGCAGCUAGAAAGACCAUUCACAGCAUCCCUGCCGUCUUUGUCAUCAACACUCUUAUCAACAGUCCGGAGCAUAGGCGCUUUUGGUCAACACCAGGGUUCCUGCCUGAGGAGAUUGGCGUCAUAGUAGACCAUGGCCAAUUUUUCUGCUACGAAGGCGAGGAUCUCAAACUUCAUCUACAGCGCGGUAUUCACAACAUAACUGUGUAUUCCCUCGUCGGCAUGGCCGUGAAUAUCGACCCAGGUGCAGGGCAAAAGCCUCACCUGGUCGCCAUGGUGAAUGUCGCCCACGCGCAGCCCCAGGUGCCUCAAACAAGCCAGUGGCAUCUUUUCAACGACUUCCUCGUGCGGCCCGUUGCAAUCGAGGAGGCACUCGCGUUCCAUCCUGCAUGGAAGAUGCCAUCAGUUGUCGUUUUCCAGCUCAAGGAGGCGAACAACAAGAUAGACAUGGACUGGAAGAAGAACAUCGAUACCUCUUUGCUGUACCAGGACACCAACCCGCAUGUGGACGGCAAGACUUACCGCGCCCUGGAUUUGGCCACCGAACAGCCUGGGCCGGAAAGCAUUGUCGCUCUGGAUACCGAGUUCGUUGCUGUCCGUCAGCCCGAGAUCGAGAUGAAUUCGGACGGCGAGAGAGAGACGAUCCGGCCAAUAGUGUACGCUCUUGCGAGAGCUUCCGUCGUUCGAGGUCAGGGAGAGGACGAAGGGGUUCCGUUUAUCGAUGACUACAUCUCCAUCAGGGAGCCCAUCGUGGAUUACCUGACCUCGUAUUCCGGCAUUACUCACGAAGACCUGGACCCGCGGGUGUCCAAGCAUAACCUUGUGUCCCUCAAGGUCGCGUACAAGAAGCUCUGGAUACUCCUGAAUCUGGGCUGUAAGUUUCUAGGCCAUGGUCUCAAACAGGACUUCCGGGUGAUCAAUAUCCAUAUUCCCAAAUCCCAGGUCGUUGACACCAUUGACCUUUUCUUCCUCAAGUCUCGCCUGCGAAAGCUGUCUCUGGCCUUCCUGGCAUGGUAUCUGCUGAAGGAGGACAUCCAGCUAGAAACACACGAUUCGAUUGAGGACGCUAGGACGGCGCUGAAGCUGUAUCGCAAGUAUCUGGAAUUCGAUGAUGCCGGCGUGCUGGAGCCCAUGCUUCAGGACAUUUAUCGCGCAGGUAGAGAGAACAAUUUCAAGCCGCCAAAGAGAGGUCUGGACGUCCAAAGAGCUCUGACGCCUCCUCCGCUUGCAAGCGAGGCAGCGGCUGCCCCUACGACGCCAUCUGCCGUCGAGCAGGUGUCGGGCAAUGGGUUCGGCGCAGGUGCGACGUGGACGCCAGGCAAGGGCUCCCCCUUGCGAUGA